AUGGGGAUAGAGGGCAAUGAGGAAGCAGACCGCUUGGCUAAGCAGGCAGUCUCAUCCACUGCAGCCCCAGCCUAUGGUCUCGAGGCCACACCCACAGUCAGUGGGGUCCGCACAGUGGCCAAGCAGCUCAGCCAAGAGGCAAGGCGAAAGUGGUGGAGUGGAGCCUGUGGCAAGCUCUCUGACUGGUACCGGGGCUGGAGUUUCAGCAGGCCGACUGUGGAGUACCAAGUGAAGGCCCCUCCGGAGCUCACCAUGCCACGGCAUGCCCUUCACCGCUGGCUCGCACUCCGCUCCUCUCAUGGGGACUUCUCCUGGUACCACAGGCGUUUCCAGCAUGCAGAUGCGAGGCUCACCUGUGUCUGUGGACACAACAAGAGCCCAGAACAUUUGGUGCUCUGUCGACACUCACAGAGGCACUUUCUUCACUGGCCCAAGAGGCCAGCAGCACGGCCACACAACCGGGCGACAGCUGUUGCCUAUCUAGGAUCUCUGACCCCUACAGACUUUGUAGAACUGCUGGACUGCACGCAGUUCUACACACGGUACUGCACAAGGUAA